AUGACGCUUCGAGGAAAUGCCCGUGAACCGCCGCGUAUGGGAGAGGGCGGCAAUUGGCGGUGCAAUAACUGCAGCAAUAUCAAUUAUCCCAGGCGUAGGGCGUGCAAUAGAUGUGGAUGUGCCCGUAGCGCAGUAAAUGAUCUUCGGGUCGCUGAGUUUACACGUCUUAAGGACGAACUUCAGAGCAUGGGUCUCGAUUCUCACACUGCAAGCCAGGCUGCUGCAGCCCAACAGGCUGCUCAACACCAGGGGCGUCUCCUCAGUUCCAUGCUGGAUUUGCUUCGGUCGGAUGCUGUGUUGCAUCAAGGUGGCAAUAGAUCUCAUCAGGCACAACACGAUGCAAAACCCAUGCAGUCGCACGGGUUACCACCGGUCACUACGAGAAGUGGGCUCUGUGGAAACUGGAGUUCAACGUGCAGCACCGAAGGCCUGCCACUGACUGGUCCGACUGCAUCCCAACCUGCGGCAACAUCUGGCGGAGCCUUAGUCUGUCAGCUUAUGCUCCUGAACAACACUGUGGCGUCGAUGAAGCUGGGGACAGAUCCUUCAGGCGGGGCCCCAGCAGCGCAGCAACAAGGAACCACUGGGUUGCCGUCAUCGUGUGGCUCAGGUGGUGCCACGCUGGUCACUCCGGUGUGUAACAGCGCAGCAGGAGUAGCUGGUGAACUGAGUGCUGCCUUUGAUCUGAAGCCUCCAGCGACAGGGGUACACGACGUCAACAACGUAGCCGGCCCGACACCCGGUCCCUCAUCACUGAGUUUUCGGGUGUCUGCAAGGGAAACAGGAUUCGGAGUAAACGAAGACGUGCCCGCAGUUGUCCCUCCAGUGGCGACGGGGGAGGAUGCUACUCAGUACACGGCAGCACUUCAAGUCAUGCUCCUCAAGGCAAAAGACGUAGCUGAUGCCCUUGUAGUGUAUUUUCAAGAGCUAGGGGAUCCAGAUCCGACAAGUAAAGCUGCUGAUGUUCUCCGCACGGCUUUGGCUAUGUUAGGCCACUCUCCCGAUCGUCAAGCAAAAGACGCGGUUUCCGGGGAGUCUAAAAAUGACGUAUCAGGGGUGGCUUCGGGUUCCGCUACUUCAGGGAUUCGGAGCAACAGUGGGAGUGUACGAGGAGUUGGAGGCCCGAAUUUCUCCGCUCCAACAAUGCUCGCUCACCCAGACGAGUUCAAAAAUCCCAGUAGUUUUCUUAAAAUAUAUGGUGAUCCUUUGUGUGGCAGCGCAGAGCUGAGCAGUGGGAACUGCCAGAACCCUGUAAAGAAUCACCAUGGUAACUGGGUGUGCCGAAAUUGCAAAAACGUGAAUUUUCCUCGUCGCUUUCGUUGCAACAAAUGUGGUGAAGUCCGUGAUGCAGAGGGCGACCGAAUCGUUGCGGAGUACGCCAAGCUUGUUCACCACCAUCACCUGAAGGCGUAUAAGCACCUGGCGUCUAACCCCCAGGGGUGUUCUGGAGCAUAG